CUUGGCAUAACUACUUAUACAAAGAUCAACUAUUAUUAACAAAAAUGAUAUUUAUAUCGAUUUUGUUGUUGCUUUUUUGUCAAGAAAUAAAAAAUCUUGAAAUAGAUCCAUCAAAAACAAUAAUUUGGGGUCCAGGAUUAAAACCCGACAAAGCAACAAUGCGAGCAAGAUAUAUUUUUUUACAGCUUACUGAUUUACAAGGAAAAAACUUAACAGAAUCACCUGGGAAAGACAUAAUAAAUGUUUCCAUACAAGGUCAAACUUCAAUGGGAAAUGCAUGCCAUGUAUGGACUCAAAUUUUAGAUUGUAAGGAUGGAAGCUUUAUUGUCAGAUAUAAAUUACAUAAUACAUGUUUCAAUAUAAAAUUAAAAAUAAAAAUGAAGCAUCAUAAUUUACCUAUCUUAUCAAUAGAAUCUAAAGGACCUGUUUAUGAAGAAGAAUGUUAUUGCCCAAAUCCUUCUAUUAAUAAGUGGUUAGAAGAUUUGGAAUGUUCUAAGAAUUAUAUUCAAAUACAUAAAGAUCUUGCAAUUUUUGCAAGUGUAGACUUUAAUAAAAUACGUCAAAGUAUUAUAAAAGCAUAUGAUCGACCAGGGAGUGUUAGCCUAUGUCAUUAUGUAGUUAAAUCUAACAAAAUUUUUAGGAAAUGUUAUGGCCGGCACGUAGGCUUCAAAAUAUUCAUGGAUUCCAUCCUAUUAUCUAUUACUCGCAAAGUUGUUUUGCCAGAUAUUGAAUUCUUUGUAAAUUUGGGAGAUUGGCCACUUGUUCCAAAAGGGGGUAAAAUUUAUCCAAUUUUUUCUUGGUGUGGUUCUUAUGAUACAAAAGAUAUUGUUAUGCCUACCUAUGACAUCACGGUAUCAUCAUUAGAAGCAAUGGGAAGGGUAAUGUUAGAUAUACUAUCUGUACAAGGUAAUACUGAUACACUAUGGGAAGAAAAAAUAGAAAAAGUGUUUUGGCGCGGUCGUGAUUCCUGUAGAGAAAGACUAGAUUUAAUUGAUAUUUCAAGGAAAUAUCCUGAUUUAUUUAAUGUUUCAAUUACGAAUUUCUUCUUCUUUGAAAAUGAAACGGAUAAAUAUGGUCCUGGGCAAAGCCAUAUAUCUUUCUUUAAUUUUUUUAAGUACAAAUAUCAGUUAAACAUCGAUGGUUCAGUAGCUGCGUAUCGAUUCCCAUACUUACUUGCUGGAGAUGCCAUGGUAUUGAAACAAGAAUCAAAAUACUAUGAAUUUUUUUAUAACGAUCUUGUACCUGGAAAACACUAUGUGCCUGUGAAAAAUGAUUUAUCAGAUCUUGUUGAAAAAAUCAUAUGGGCUAAGGAAAAUGACAAGGAAGCAUUACAAAUUGCCAAAUCCGCUAGACAAUUUGCAAGAGAUAAUUUAUUACCUCAUGAUGUGUUGUGCUAUCAUGUAGCUUUGUUUCAUGAAUGGAGUAAACGCUUAAAGAGCAAAGUUAAGGUACUAGAUAACAUGGAAGAAGUGCUGCAACCUAAGCAUUCUUGUAAAUGUUAUAAUGAUGAUGUAAAACUUAAAGAGGAGCUUUAA